AUAGGAAACGCCCAUCAUGAGCUCUUAGAUUGAUUUCCGGUGUCUGUGAGAUUGCCUAGCUAGCUAGUUACACAAAUAAUUGCGGUGCACCUUUUUUUUUGUUUUGACCAGUGGUGAUUGUAACAACGUCCUUUAAAACGCACAUUUUGAAUUUGUUCACAUAAAUGGGCAAGUUUUGAACAGGAACUUGUUGGAAUUUUCGUCCAGGGAAGUGACGCUAGCGAAUGGCACAGGCAACACUUGUUGUGGGACGGACAAUUUAAUGAACCUGAACCCAUUCUGGAGCAUGUCUACCAAUACUGGUCGUAAGGUAAGGGAGCGCUCUUCCUCUUCUGCACUGAAAGCCAACUUCUGUCAAGUUCACCCAACACACAAGCGAGCUGAAAGACAAAAAAACAGGAUCUUCAGAAGUUCCCAAAGAGACCCCCACACAUUGAAAAGAUCUGAUGGUGAGGAACAGAGUGGAGAGCAGCAGCAACAAAGAGCCAGUCCAGCCCGUCCUAGCUUUGGGAAGAAGCAGCUUCCCUCCAUCCCCAAGAAUGCAGUCCCCAUCACCAAGCCUGCCUCUCCUGCCGCCACGGCCCAGUUGGCCAACGGAACACAUGCCUCCUACGGUCCAUUCUACCUGGAGUACUCGCUGCUGGCUGAGUUCACUCUAGUGAUCAAGCAAAAACUGCCUGGAAUCUAUGUGCAGCCAUCCUACAAAUCAGCAUUGAUGUGGUUCGGGGUCAUUUUCAUCAGACAUGGCUUGUACCAGGAUGGAGUCUUCAAGUUCACUGUGUAUAUUCCAGAUAACUAUCCUGAUGGUGAAUGUCCUAGAGUGGUGUUUGAUAUCCCAGUCUUCCACCCACUAGUGGACCCUGUUUCAGGAGAGCUUGAUGUCAGGAGAGCCUUCACCAAGUGGAGCUCUGUUCCUCAUGGCCUGUUUCUUCAGCUGGACAGUGACACAGCCUUGCGUAAUCACAACCACAUCUGGCAAGUCCUGAUGUAUGCACGCACAGUGUUCUACAAGAUCAACACUAUGGAACCACUCAACCCAGAAGCUGCUGUGCUGUACGACAAGGAUGUGCAGUUGUUUAAAAGCAAGGUGAUAGACAGCGUCAAACUAUGCAACAGUCACCUCUUCGACCAGCCCAAGAUGGACGAUCCUUAUGCAAUAAGUUUCUCUUCAUGGAACCCAGCAAUCCACGACGAGGCGAAGGAACGGAUGUUCUCACACAAAAGACGGCCUGAGGAUCACCAGAAGGGGCUGCAGGUGUCAGGACUGUCUUGGGUGAAGCCCGGAUCCACACAACCCUUCAGCAAAGAUGACAACCCUCCCCAGAGCUGAGUUGAACCUGCAGUCCUAGUCAGCAGCCACUAGAGGAAGAUGCAGAGCAGAAUGCCAUGCCACAGACUAGCUUCAGCAGCCGUUCAGUCGUGUGAAUAGGAACUGAACAAGUUGAAUGGACUUAAUUUUACGUUGCAACACUUGCGCUCAGCUUUAAAAGCAUUAUAGGCAUCUUGUGCUCAAACAGCUAUAGAACUAAAAGUGUAUAUUAUGUAAGUAAAUCAACAAUGAUAACUGGUUGUCUUAGUAACACAGACUACAAUGCAAUCAGAGCUUUUCCCUUUAUUUUCCUCUCUGCUCUUUGCACAUGCUUGGGUUUGGUCUAUGAAGAUAACCACUCAAAGCUGGUUGAAAGGUGAGAAUAAAAAUCAGCAUUAAUUAUAGGUAUACUGUAUGGGUGGACUAUGGAUUCGACUGCUUGUUAAGGUGGGCUCAGGACAGUUAUUGUUUAUUAUUGGGACUGACAAUGGACUCUGACCUUGGGUGUUCUUUUUCCCCCAAACAUAUUUGACUGAAAUCAAAUUAGAGCAACACUACAUUUUUGGGGCGAGGGAAAUGUGCGUUCUUUUGGAUUACGGGUUAGUGUCUUAUAUUUCUCUUUACUGUGUAAACUAUAGGUAAGAUGGAUAAUAUAUAUUGCAGACUGAGCAGCAGGCAAGUGUGGUUUUAAUUAAUAUGCUAAGUUAAAUAAUCAUAUCCAUCUUUACGUUGCUUUUAAUUCAUUUUGAAUGUUCUAUUUACCCUUAUUGAGCUGAUUUAAAGGUUUGUGUAAAUAUAAAAAAUGUCUAUGGGAAUGGCAGCCCUCCACAGACAACAUUGUUUUGCUCAAAGCUGUUGGAUACUUGGCACAAUUUAUAUAGCUGUGAAAUGAUGUAAACACAUGCUGCCGUCUGGACUGUUGAAUUUGGCAAAACAAUGUGUACUAUACUUCUCAUUUUGCCUUUCUUAUAUGGAACACAAACCUCAGUCAACAGUUUGUGCUGUAUAGGUAAUGAGUUUCGAACGCUUUUCUUUGAAAGGAAAUAAACACGACAAUGCAUACCAA